AAUAUUACACAGCGUAAACUGAAACAGUGAAACCCCAACCGAACAGUGCAGUGAUUCAUGGAUUGGUGAAGGCUGAGGAGAAGGAAGGGAUUGAAGAGGCGAUAUAAGAGAAAUUGUUGCGGUGGUGAAUUGGAAGUGAGCCGCUCCUGAGAAAAUCAGGAAUUUUUCGUUGAGUGAGCAAAAGCUGUAGUAGUUGCAUUCUAAAAUGGGCGAUAAAUCGAAGCGUAAGAAGAGGAAGCAUAUAGAUGACACCGAGACUUCGGCGUCGCCGUCGUCGUCGUCGUCGUCACCGAGCUCUGAUGACGACUCGUCGAAGAGGCGGCGCCGGCACCGGCACAGGCACAGGAGCAGUGAUAAAAGUAAAAGGAGAGAUAGAGAGAGGAGGAGAGAAAGGGACGAGAGAGAGAGGAAGAGAAGGAAAUCGAGAAAGAAGAGUAGGGCUUACGAGUCCGAAUCUGAGUCCGAGUCCGAGCCCGAGUUAGAGCCCGAAGCGGUGGUGGGAGACUUGUUGAACCAAUUUCCUAAUGUUUCCAAUGACUUGAUCCAGCUUCUGCAAAUGAUUGAUGAUGGGCAAGCUGUAGACAUAAAGGGUAUAUCUGAAAGAUCUCUGAUAAAACAUCUAAAGAAGCUGUUCCUUUCAUUAAGACUGAAGGAGAGUGGUGAUAGAUUAUUUUUACUUCCACCAAAUGCUCGUCCUACUUUAGAAAUUGUAGGACCCCUAAUUCAUGCUCAUAUGGAACCUAAAGAGCAACAUCUUGAACAUUCUGUAUCAGCAAAUGGUGUACAUUCAGUAGUGGAAGAUGCAGAAUGCGGAGAAGUGAUGCUUGAAAAUAAUGUGGCAGGGCCAAGUCUAGAAGAUGAUACCAUUCCUCCUAGAAGAAGAGUUAUUGGUCCUGAGAUGCCAUCAGCUGAGUUACUCGCAGCUGCAGCCAAACUAACAGAAGCACAGGCUGAGCUCAGAGAAGCAGAGUUGGAGGAAGAUACUGAGAUUUUUAUAGGACCUCCACCACCUGCUGUGGUUGCUGAGGCUGAAUCUGCAAAUGAGGCGGAGCGAUUUGAAGAGGUCACCAGAAUCAUGGAGGCCGAUGCUGAUUGUCUGUAUGAUGUUCUAGGAGUGAACCAUAAUAUGUCCGCUGAUAACAUUAAAAAAAGGUACUGGAAGUUGUCUCUUUUAGUGCACCCGGAUAAAUGCCCUCAUCCUCAGGCCCAUCAAGCAUUUAUCAAAUUGAACAAAUCUUUUAAAGAAUUGCAAGAUCCAGAUAAGCGGAAAGCAAUGGAUGAGAAAAUUAAACUCAAGGAAGAACAGGAGGCAUUUAAGGCUGAGUUGAAAUCAAUGCGUGAAGCUGCACAAUGGAGAAGAUUGCAAGGUAUAUCUAUGGAGGGUGAUGAUGAGCUAUUGGCAGAUAUGGAUGUUAAAGUGGCACCUAAAAGAGAUGAAUGGAUGACAACAUUGCCUCCUGAAAGAAAACCCGGUAUGACUACGCAGUCAACUACAUUUAGCAAGAGCUCUAAAGCAGGACGCGGCGAUACUAGUGUUUGGACAGAUACCCCUACAGAGAGAGCCCAGAAAGCAAAGAUGAAUUAUUUAGAAGCGUAUAAUGAGGCUGCAGCACUUGCUUCCAAUGAAGUACAGAAAAGUUCAGAUGCAGAUUUGGUGGAUAAAUAUAAUAAAGGAAAGCGAUCAAAAUCUUUGGUACAGAAGCACCAGGAAGAGGCUACAAGCCGUUCAAAGAAAAAAACCAAAGUGCAGCCAGAGAAGCAAGAGUGGGUGGGGCAACAUCCUUGGAAGCCUUGGGAUCGUGACAAGGACUUGGGAGCUGGAAGAAAGAAUAUAAACUUGGAUUCAGAAAACAUGGCUGAAGGUUUAACCUCAAGGUUUUCUUCUGGAGACUUCCAAAGAAACUUCCUUUAGUCCUUGCGGUUGUAUAUCUGCAGUACAUAAAAUUAGUUUGACAUUUCAGUUCUCCUUCAUUCAUAUUUUUGUUCAUACAUUAUAGUUUAAUCAAUUAGAGAAAAGUGGAUAUUCUAAUGACACUUUCUCCCUCUCUCUUUCUUGGUGCGUCGUGUGAUUGAUGUUAUUCUAUCGAGACAUGUUUAAUAACUUAGUUUCAUAUCUUA